AUGCAGAUGUUCGAAAGAUUACGUAAAGCUGGCGCCAAGGUCUCCAAGCUGGAGAAUCUUGGAUUGCAAGCAAUGAAGCUGACUCCCACGACCGAGAAGGAUAAUUCUCUGUGUGGAGUGAUCCGUCGGGAAGCAUUGCUGCCAGAUGAAUUAAAUACAACUGAUUUUACGAAAGAGCAGCGCAAGAAGAGAACGGACGCUUUGAAAGCACAGCAAGAAAUGGAUGAGCAGGUACUCAAUGCUCAGUUAGAUCCUGCACGAAUGGAGGAAACGUUUGAUCCUGUUCCGGAAGUGAUUAGAGAUUAUCCAAAUGAUCCAGAUAUGAACGAGUUUUGGAUGAUUAAAACGGAGGGUCUUAUAAAAUCGCAGAUGGAGAUUGUGGACGAUCAUCUGAACAAGGCUGUGUCUGCAAAUUACAACGAUUUCCUAACGGGUAUCAAGCUAAUCCAGGAGAUCGAUUUGGACCUGAGCCGUUCCAAUGUCUACGUCCAGAACACGCGUCGAAUGCUCGAGCAGUCGAAAAAGACGAUCACGGAGCCCGGUCUGUCGAUCGCCCAUCAGCGUCGUCGCGAGCUUCGUCUGCGCCAAGUCCAAAGCAUCAUCGAAUCCUUCCAAGACCUUUCUGACCUCGAAUCCACCCUGCACAAAGUGAUCGAGAGCGGCGACAUCAUCAAGGGCGUGGAAAUCGCCUCGCAGUUAGAAUCGAUGAUCAUGUCGGAGGCUCUGAUGCAAUACACGUGUCUCGAUUCCAUGCGCAUUCGCGUUGAAAACGUCUGGCCUCGCCUGCAGGAGCGUCUCGUGCAGAGCGUGCGCGAGCAGCUCCUGCAGUUCGAUCCGACGACCUACGCGAACGUGUUCCGCACCUACAGCGUGCUGGACGCGCACUUAACCGCGAUGGAGACGCAGAAGCUCAAGAAGCAGGCGCUGGACAACGCGAGCAAUCGCUCUCUGAACCGAGGACAGGACGAUCCGAGGUCGCCGAGGUCGCCGAAGUCGCCGUCGUCGCCAGUGCCGCCCGCGCCGAAGAAGAUUAAGAAGGAUGGGUAUGUGAACGUGCUGCAGAAGUGCGCGUGCAGUUUGCUGACGGAGGGAGGCGAGUCCGCGCUGAAGCAGUUCCUUCUGCAGAGCAAGGAGAAUAUUUUGCCGCGCGAUUUGAUCAUGCAGAUGGGCUACACGCAGCUCUGCGCCUCGGUGAAGCCUGCAGACGUAGCUCUGGAUGAAGGGCGGAUAAAGCGUAGUUGA